AUGUCUGAGACCUUCCAAUCGAGCGAUUCUUCUGACGAAUCCUCGCCUCACGCAGGUCUCUCCGACGAUAGGAUACGUGUAUUGGUGGUGAUGCCCCUUUGCGUCACCACGAGAGAAGCAACUCGAGAGAUCGAGCUGCCACUGGUGUCAGUUCUCGUGCGGACACCCCUCAAGAGGCAAGGGACCAAAAUGUCCUGCGCCACGCUCCUCAAGUGGAGUCUCAUUUGGACGCCGUCAUCCAGCGAGUUGGACCGGUUGGCCGGCAUGAUUACCGGUUGGGAUCGAUUCCCGUUGUUCGACUGUAAAAGGAUCUUUCCACCUAAUUAUAGCACGGAAGCAAUCCGUGCUGAGGAAGAGUUCUUCACCGAUGCGUUUUUCAAGCAUCGGUGGUACGAUGGCAACCGUGGUCGAGACGGUAAGACUUUUAUGCAAGGAUGGAAUGCCUUCAUCCAUAACAUCGAACGCAUUGGCCGUGAGGCCUUGCUCGGUAAACCCGAUGCAGCUCGCAUCAGGUUUGAAAAGCAUAACCCAGCCGGUUGCCUAACCAACUUAAACCGUGCCGCUAGGGAGGCCUACCUCCCUAACGUUCCCUACUGGAGGGCGCGCACCUCUUCUGAGAUGGCCGAAGUGAUUGACACCUUGCAAUCCCUGUACUCGUGUUCGGGGAGGUCGUUUUCCGACGGCCCUUCUUCAAACAAAGCGGGUGGGUCUCGUCGUACUGCUCGACGAGACCUAGGACAUCAACAAUCAGCUGGGCACGAGGCUCCCAGCUGUCCCACGCCGGUGGAUAGCCACGCCAGCGGACGAGGUAACUCGUCCGGACGCCAUUCACAUCGCGGUGGUUCAAAAUACGCUCCACUAGGAAGCGUUGACCACCGCUUGAGUCCACCAAAGGAUGAAGUGGCGGUGGGAACACCUGAUCCGGCUCGAGGGUCGAAUCAAGUUGAUGUUCAAGAGCUGAACCGUCUAACGGAACAGUUGCAAGAUGACCUGGCUCACGAACGGACUCGGCGUUAUGGGUUUGAGGAUCUAGUAAGGAAUAAUUUUAAUUCCCCAAUGAACGAUCCAUCAAACGAUCGCGCCGCUUUUGCGUUCGCGCAACUUAAGAACGAACGUUCGACUCGUUCUCUUCGUGACGAGCUGGCUGUAGCUCGUCGAUACAUCACUUAA